AUAAACCUAGAACUAAUCAAAGCAAAGAUAUUACAGACAUUACUUUGAACCAGCCAAAUCUAGUAAAAAGUAAAAACAAAAAUAAAAACAAAUGAAAAGAAAAGAAAGCAUCCACACUCGUAUUCUUUCAUUGUCCAUUGCUUUCUCCUCAUCCCCAACUUAAAUUAAUUGUCUCACUCUCAACAAUAUCAGCAGCAGCAGCAGCAGCCUAGCUAUAUGGCACUAGUAGCCUUGCUACUCUUGCUCUCUGCCGCCGUCGAAACUCCCUCGGUCUCGGCCACAUGGUGCGUCGUGAGGAGCGAGGCGAGCGACCAGCGCCUGCAAGCUGCUCUAGACUACGCAUGCAGCGCCGGAGCCGAUUGCGCCCCCCUCCGAUCCACCGGACUUUGCCACUUGCCCAACACCGUACAGGCCCACGCCUCCUAUGCCUUCAACAGCUAUUAUCAGCGCAAGGCUCGCGCCCCCGGAACCUGCUUCUUCGGCGGCACGGCCACCAUUGCCACAACUGACCCAAGCUAUGGAUCUUGUGUGUAUCCAUCUUCUCCAAGGACUGCGGGCUUGACUAGUGUUGAAUCAGGCGGCUCGAGCGCGCUACCAAGUACAUCUACAGAGCCGCCUGCUGCUGAUCAUAAGCCUUUGUAUGGAGGUGGAAAUGAAGGUGGGAUAUUAAACCCGGGCAUGGGAUCCGGCGCGCCAAAUGCUUCAGAUGAAUCGAAGUGUGCAAUCUUGAACACAUGCUUGCUCCUCGUAGCGUUCAUAUGCCCCGUUGUCGUUGCCAAUGUCAUGUAAUAUAGGUAGAGUUCGACGUGAGGAGAUUUAGCGUCGAAACAGUGUUUAAAGUUUUGAAUGUGGUGUGGUGUGGCUCUGUUUUUGUUUUUGUAUUUGGCUUUGAAGAAGCACGUAAUACAACAACGGCCGAUUAAAUGAAUUGGGCGCAUCACGCAUGCAUUCCAUACUCUUCGGGUGUGUUUACUUUGCAUAAU